AUGGGCUGUGGGGGGUCAGUGAUGGCGAGUGGGGGGAGCGUGGGAGCAUUGAGAGUGAAGGAGGAGACGAGAGGAAGAGAAAAGAAGAGAGGAGGAAGUGAUGAGAUGAUUGUCAAUGGAGCAAAGAACGUGUCUGGGUGGUCGGGGAUAUGGCAUGUGCCACCCGCCUUCAGCGACAUGGGCUUUGCUUGCUGCCAAGAGAUCACGAAGUUUCUGAAGCCGCUCACUCUUCCAUCCGGAGAGUUUCUUUUCUUUGAAGGGGAGAAGGGCACGAGCAUGUACUUUGUCAACGAAGGUAGGAUCUCUAUCCGAGUCCAGGGCAAGCAGGUCGUCGUUCUGGAGAAAGGAUCUUACUUGGGAGAACUGGGGCUCAUGCUCCAGGAAGGAAGGAAAGCUGAUGCGUUCGCCCUCGACCAGUGCCUGCUACUUGAGCUUGAGCGCAAUGAUUUUUAUGAGAUCCUGGAAAAGUACUCUGUCCUUGCUUCCAAAUUGUACGAAAAUAUGUCCGACGACGUUCGCAUCCAUAUCAAGAAGACGGCAGAUGAAGCAGUGAUGGCUAUGGCUGUGGAGAUGUUCAAAGAGAGGACGCCGAGCAGCGACCUCCAACAUUCGCCGGUGCAUCUACCGGGCAGCCCUUCAAAAUCAUUUUCUCGUGCUGGGAGUGGAACGAAAUCAUUCAAGACGUUCAUGAGGGCAAAGAGCAACCCUGGGAGCUUCCACGCGGGGGUCCAGUACGCCCUCACGUUCAUGCAGGUCUUCUUGCAGGCCCGAGAGCCAUCGGAGGCCAGGUCUACUCGUUACGCUCGAUCUCGAUGCCUACAUGGCAUCUGGCCAGUGCAGGUUGUCGCUCCAGGUUUCCUGGUGAUGAUGGACCUGGAACUCUGCUCGAAGAUCAUUUCGGGGAUAGGGUUAUCAUAA